AUGCAGCGGCACACGCUCAAGCGCACCAUCUCAAAGUGUUCCAUGGAUGGGGAUUCGCCCGGCUCCGUCGCCUGCAAAAAGUUCUCGUCGGGGCUUGACAACGAGCCUGUGCUGCUGCCGCGCGAAAACCGUGCGCCCAGCUUCCCGCCGCUCGACGAGCUGGAACCUGAGCUCGCCAGGGACGAGAUCUCGGCCUCCGGGAUGCUGACCGCGGUGCUCGACUACCUGCGCGACGUGGCGAACUACUGCAACCGCGCUGUUAACUUCAGUUUUGCACAGCUGCGCCAAAUGCUGCAGUCCAUCCCCUUUGCGGUGGGGCAAAUGCAAAGUGUGGUCAAGGCAAGAUUGGAGCUGUCGUGGCCGCUUGUGGCGGCCUUUGUGCAAAACGUCACGGGCUUUAUCAGUGACGAGGACAUCCGCGACGCAUCGGUGGGCGAGCUCGCUGCCUUCUUGCAAACGUGCCAGACCGACUACCUCCUUGUUGCCGUUUCCGGCAACAUUUGCGCCAACAUGUUCGAAUUUUUUCACGAAGUGCUGAUUCAGUUCAAGCAAUUUCUGAUCAAACGGUGGCUGCAAAUUGGCAAAAUCAGUUUCCCUUGCGAGUUCGGCAAGAAAUCGGAUUCGCUUUUUCUCUGCAUGGAGUGCCAUCGCGAGCACAUGUAG